AUACUGGGUUACGAGAAUUUUACUUCAAGGUCUUCGUUUAGGAGCAAAUAGAGGAGGUAUAAAUGGAAAGACGAACUACAAUAGCACACAGUUGAUCUUCAGCAACUCGUUCAAAAUGUAUGCUCACAUCGGUUUUGUAAUGUGCCUGUUUGUUGGUAGUAGUGUCGCGUACUACCCGCAAAGAGAAGCGCCUUACUACAGCGGACCGAACGAUCCAUAUUCUGUGGGCUUCAACCAGAACCCUGUCCAGGAGCCUUCUCAGCGACUUUUCUGGGGCAAUCAGGGAAGCAACCAAGUCGGCGGAACUGGACUAUGGGCGACGUUGACAAACAAGUUCCCAUUCUUGGGAUCCAUGUUUGGUCGAAUGGAGUUGCCUGCUCAAUACGGAGUGCCCAAUCAGUAUGACGUGUCGACGCAGUACGGAGCUCCUGGUGGUUUCCAGCCUCAAUAUUAUCAAGGACAGCAGCAGGGUGCUCAGCAGUUCCCGCGGCAGUUUGGCCAACGAUUUGUUCCUUCAGGUCGUGACGUGGGAAUAACGGACGAUGCUGUGAUAGUGACUCCUCCCUUCGUGCCUCCCGUCCAGCCGGCGCCUUUCCCAUCACCAGUACCUGCACCUGUGCCUGCGCCUGCCCCGGCACCCGUGCCCGCCCCUGGUCCCUCUCAGGAGGAAGGAUACACAUACAACAGACCUCAGUAUAGGUUGGAGUUACCCCAAAGAUAAGUAAACAAUAUACAAAGAAAGCACUGACUGACAGUAGAAAUGUAAUAACGUAGUUUAGUCAUUGCACCUUCAGUCAUUAACUAUAUUUGAAUUUGUAAUUAAAUCCAUACAUUUUAUUAGGAAUUUCAACUGUCGGAAAAAUUCACUCUUCCAUCGGUUCUGCAUAGUUUUUUGAUAUACUGAGUUACGCCAGUAUUAGCUAUUAGAGUGUAAAAAGGCAAAACUUGUCAAAAAUCAUAAAUUGCCGUCUUAAGUUUUCCCUGUAACCACUCCACUGUACCAUUAGAAAAAUAUCUACGCUUGGUCUUUCAAUAUUGGAAAUUGUACUGCAAUGCUUUUGGAAGGCCUACUUGUACCUAAUAGAUAAUACAUACUUAACUGCAUCUGUCACUAUCUUAUAGCUUUUAAAUUACGGGUUCAAAAACUUCACGCUCUCUUGUAAUUAAAUGACACCACUUUAAAUGUAAAGACAUUUGACAAUUAAAUAAAAGUCAUUAAAAUUAA